AUGUCUCUAUUACCGCCCGUCACGUCUGAUGAACUUGCUACUCUACAUGCCAAAACCAUUAUUGUAACUGGGGGUGCCAGCGGCAUCGGCAAGGCAACAGUCACAAUCGCUCAUAGAGCCGGCGCGAACGUUGUAAUCGCAGAUAUGAACAAGGAGGCAGGAGAGCAAUUUGCUGCUGAGCUAAAGGAGCGAGCAAUUUUCGUAUUGACAGAUGUCUCCAAAUGGGACUCUGUUAUGGCUCUUUUUGAGACGACGUACGCGAAAUUCAAGUAUAUCGACGCCGUCUACGCUAACGCGGGUAUCCAUGGAUUCGAGGGACUUUUGGAAAAUGAGCUUGACGAUGCUGGGAAGCUGAAGGAGCCCAGCAUGAAAAGUAUUGAGAUCAACUUACACGGCGUCCUCUAUACAGCGAAAGCUGCUAUUCAUUUCUUCGAGAAAAACCCGGAGCUGAAGCAUCAAUUGGUGAUCACGGGAUCGGCUGCCAGUCUUAUAGAUACGCCGCCACUUUUCAAUUAUUGUGCUGCUAAGGCAGGUGUGCUCGGUCUAAUGCGAGGUUUAAGAUCUGUCCUGCCUGAAAAGAACAUCAGCAUCAACAUGAUCGCUCCCUGGAUGACCAUGUCGCCAAUGAUGCCACAAUUCAUCGUGGAUCUAUGGGCACACCCUACGGCCCUCCCCGCCAACGAUACUGAUGGGGUUGCAAGAGCACUCUUGAUUCCGGUUGUGAGACCUGAGCUCAAUGGUAGAACAAUAUGGGUGGCAGGUAAUGAUGCUGUUGAGCUUGAAGAGCCGCUUCAUAAGAGUCAGCAUUUGUGGAUGGGGAAGGACUUAUCAACGGCUGUCAAUGAAGGCCAGCUUCGUAUGGGAGUCAAGUCAGACUUCUAG